CCCCACGGACUCCCCUCCCCCACCAGGGUCCUCAGUGCCCGCCGCCGCUGGCAGCUCCGUGGUGUCCGAGUCCGCGGUGAGCUGGGCGGCGGGCGCCCGGGCGGUGCUGCGCUGCCAGAGCCCGCGCAUGGUGUGGACCCAGGACCGGCUGCACGACCGCCAGCGCGUGCUCCACUGGGACCUGCGCGGCCCCGGGGGCGGCCCUGCGCGGCGCCUGCUGGACUUGUACUCGGCGGGCGAGCAGCGCGUGUACGAGGCGCGGGACCGCGGUCGCCUGGAGCUCUCGGCCUCAGCCUUCGACGACGGCAACUUCUCGCUGCUCAUCCGCGGUGCGGGGGCCUGGGCCGCGGGGUCGGGGCAGGGGGCCGGGGCAGGGGGGCCGGGGCCGCGGGGUCGAGGGCACCGCGAGGCUCACGCGCGGCUUCCUCUUGGGUGUGCAGCGGUGGAGGAGACGGACGCGGGGCUGUACACCUGCAAUCUGCACCACCACUACUGCCACCUCUACGAGAGCCUGGCCGUCCGCCUGGAGGUCACCGACGGCCCCCCGGCCACCCCCGCCUACUGGGACGGCGAGAAGGAGGUGUUGGCGGUGGCGCGCGGCGCGCCCGCGCUCCUGACUUGCGUGAACCGCGGGCACGUGUGGACGGACCGGCACGUGGAGGAGGCGCAGCAGGUGGUGCACUGGGAUCGCCAGCCGCCCGGGGUCCCGCACGACCGCGCGGACCGCCUGCUGGACCUGUACGCGUCGGGCGAGCGCCGCGCCUACGGGCCCCUUUUCCUGCGCGACCGCGUGGCCGUGGGCGCAGACGCCUUUGAGCGCGGAGACUUCUCGCUGCGCAUCGAGCCGCUGGAGGUCGCCGACGAGGGCACCUACUCCUGCCACCUGCACCACCACUACUGCGGCCUGCACGAACGCCGCGUCUUCCACCUGACGGUCGCCGAACCCCACGCGGAGCCGCCCCCCCGGGGCUCUCCGGGCAACGGCUCCAGCCACAGCGGCGCCCCAGGUCCAGACCCCACACUGGCUCGCGGCCACAACGUCAUAAACGUCAUCGUUCCCGAGAGCCGAGCCCACUUCUUCCAGCAGCUGGGCUACGUGCUGGCCACGCUGCUGCUCUUCAUCCUGCUGCUGGUCACCGUCCUCCUGGCCGCCCGCAGGCGCCGCGGAGGCUACGAAUACUCGGACCAGAAGUCGGGAAAGUCAAAGGGGAAGGAUGUGAAUUUGGCAGAGUUCGCUGUGGCUGCAGGGGACCAGAUACUUUACAGGAGUGAGGACAUCCAGCUAGAUUACAAAAACAACAUCUUGAAGGAGAGGGCGGAGCUGGCCCACAGCCCCCUCCCUGCCAAGUACAUCGACCUAGACAAAGGGUUCCGGAAGGAGUACUGCAAAUAGGGCGACCCUGGGCUCCUGGCUGGGCCAGCAGCUGCAUCUGUCCUGUCUGUGCCCCUCGGGGCAUCUCCUGAUGCUCCCGGGCUCACCCCCUUCCAGCGGCUGGUCCCGCUUUCCUGGAAUUUGGUCUGGGCAUAUGCAGAAGCUGCCUCCACACACGUCUCCCAGGGGCUUGGUGGCAGCAUAGCCCCCACCCCUCCGGCCUUUGCUCACGGGUGGCCCUGCUCACCCCAGACACAACCAAAAUCCCACUGAUGCCCAUCAUGCCCUCAGACCCUCCUGGGCUCUGCCCACUGGGGGCUGGAAGACAUUCCUGGAAGACACUCCCAUCAGAACCUGGCAGCCCCAAAACUGGGGUCAGCCCCAGGGCAGGAGUCCCACUCCUCCUGGGGUGCUGCCCGCCGUCAAGAGCUCCCGAGGGCUCCUCUGCCUGUACCACGCAGGACUCCAGGCACCAUCUGUUCUCCCAGGGACCUGGUGACUUGGUGAAUGCCAGCCCUUGCCCCUCUGUGCUGCUUUGGGCCACCUGGGGCUGCACCUCCUCCCUUUCUCUGCUUCCACCCCUACCCUAGCCUUGCUCUCAGCCACCUUGACAGUCACUGGGCUCCCUGUGACUUCUGACCCUGACACCCCUCCCUUGGACUCUGCCUAGGCUAGAGUCUAGGGCUGGGGCCACAUUUGGCUUCUGUACUGGCUGAGAACAGGCGAGGGGGUAAAGGUGGCUUGGGGUGGCCUAUGUUGCCACUCUCAGCACCCCACAUUUGCACCUGCUGGUGGACCUGCCACCAUCACAAUAAAGGCCCCAUCUGAUUUUUA